AUGGCUAAAACCAAGCUCAAGACUGCGCUGGACAGCGAAAAAGGCCGAAACAUCAAGCUUGAGAAGCAGCGCAAGAAGGAGAAAGAGGCCAGGAAACGGAAAGAGAAUCGACAGGCAGAGAACUCGCAGACAGCUGGAAGUGACGCUGAAGAGGACGGAGGCGUCCCAGUUCCCUUGGACGAGGUAGAGGUGAAGCUCAACGGCAAGACGAAGAAGUCGAAGAAGAACAGUCCGAUCAAACCUGCGCCGGCCGUAGACCCAGAGUGGGAGACGGACGGAAGUGAGGGCGAGGGUGACAGCGAUGACGAUGACGACGCGCCGGAGAGGCCUGUGCUAAACCUUUCGCACCUCGAGGAUAGCGAAAGCGAUAUCAGUGGUGAUGACGACGAAGACGAGGAUGCAGAGGACGGCGAGGGAGAAGACGAGGACGACAUCCCGCUCUCAGACCUCGAGUCAGUAGCCUCACAAGACAAGGGCGACAUAAUUCCCCACCAGCGCUUAACCAUCAACAACACCGCCGCCCUUACUGCCGCGCUACACCGCAUACAACUCCCCUACUCCAAGCUCGCCUUCUCAGAAUACCAGUCCGUCACCUCCCAUGAGCUCGUUGAAAUCGAAGACGUCGAAGACGACCUCAGCCGCGAGCUCGCGUUCUACAAGCAAUGUCUAUCCGCGGUCAAGGAUGCACGAGGCAGGUUAAAGAAGGAGGGCGUGUCGUUCUCGCGACCGGCAGAUUAUUUCGCGGAGAUGGUGAAGAGCGAUGAGCACAUGGGCAAGAUCAAACAGAAGUUGAUUGAUACGGCGGCAGGAAAGAAGGCCGCCGCAGAGGCGAGGAAGCAGAGAGACUUGAAGAAAUUUGGAAAGCAGGUCCAGGUUGCGAAGCUGCAGGAGCGCGCGAAGGAGAAGAAGGACACCAUUGAGAAGAUCAACACGUUGAAGAGGAAGCGACAGGGCGCAGACAUCACCGCCACCAACGAGGAAGAUAUCUUCGACGUCGCCGUCAACAACGAUGACUCUAAGCCCUCUGACCGCGGACGUGGCGCUGACGGCAAGGCCUUCAACAACAAGCGCUCGAAGAAGGACGAAAAGUAUGGCUUUGGUGGCAAGAAACGGCACGCAAAGAGCAACGAUGCGCAGUCUAGCGCUGAUGGCAGAGGCUACUCAGCCAAGAGGAUGAAGGGCAAGGCUACCGGCGGUGCUAGCAAACGGCCAGGAAAAGCUAGGCGGGCGAAGACGCACUAA